GAGCCUCCGUAGCGCCUGUACUCCUCAGUCCUCGCGAGCCUUGCCACGAAUAGAGAGAUAGAGUCCGAUAACGUAUACAGAUAAUAACAAACGAUUUGUGCAUUGUUCAACGGGGCAAAAAAUUUCGCACGCGUACGAGAAUAUGUAGGAAUUUAAAAGUAAAUCGAAAAGUAAUCGCGCGUUCGGUUAGAGAGCUUUUAUCAACUAGUGAAUCGUUGUAAUUAAAAAUAUAAAGUUUCGUCAGCAAAAAGUGUCACAAGAUAAAAACGUAAUUAAUCCCCAAUGUGGAGAAAUGAAAGACAAACUUUUACGGAAAUGCCUAUAUCUUAGAGCCUAUCUUAGAGCCUUUGGGAUGUAUCAGUUUAUAAUCGUUUGAUUUCAUUUGACGUUAAUAAGCAGCAAACAUUUAACGAUGUUUCUGUCAUUCACUAUCAUAUCAAUGGGCUCUUAUUAUUACUUUUCCUAUUUUAUUUGCACAAUUUGUCGAACGAUUUCCUUUUGAAUUGAUUUUUCGCACGCUCGUUAUCAUAUAAUAUUUAAGCAUUCCUUCGAUUUUUUUUGAUAAUUUAAAAUUUAUUUUAAUUCCCAUCUCAAUCAUGCAUGUAAUCGUAAAUUUUGUUAAAAAUAAAUUUAAAGCUCACACACGAUCUCGUGGUAUUCCCAAAUGCUCUCUGUUUAGGCUCGUUCUAGUCUUCACAAUUAUCUUAUCGUCAUCUCGAUCCAUUGAAAAAAAUAAAAACAACGAACUCAAUAACGGUUGCGAUAGAAGCAUGUAAAAAACGAAAAUAAAAAAACCAUGCGAGAAAGCAGCAGUGUUUAUAAUUCCGAACUGAAAAUCAACGCCAACGAGCAACGCGAAACAGUGACAAGUACUUUCCAAUAAGUCAGUUGUGAAUCGUGCCAAGUUUUGUUUACGCGUCUGAUCAGUAUAUUUGAGUAUAUCAGUCUGAAAUCGAACUCGAGUCAAGAAAGAGUAUAGGAUGGAUAGCGAAGAAAGCGAUAGCGUGUCGGUGGUGAGCGAGGAUAGAUUUUGGCUUCAUUCUCAGCAGCAACAGCAGCAACUCCAUCAUCAGCAUCAAAGUCAUCAACAUCAUCAACAGCAACAACAACAACAACAACAACAACAGCAGUCGCAAGAACUGCUUCAUCAGUAUCAAGUACAGUGUCAACAGCAGCAACAGCAGCAACAGCAGCAGACACAGCCGCAGCAACAUUACGCAUGGAACGUAAACAAUCAUCAUUAUCAACAACAACAGCAGCAGCAACAAAGAGCUCAGGAAACCGCCUCGCUUCAUCAUCAUCAACAGCAGCAACAAAUGCAUUAUGUCUCGAUGAUGACGUCUAUCGGCAACCAUAGCGGCGGCGGCGGCUCCGCGACCAGCGCCUCGACUUACUCGCAACAAUAUCCGGUCCAAUCGCAAAAUGGUACGGCUCAGCAGGCCCCACCCCCGCAGCAGCAGCAACAACAGCAGAAACAUCAGCAGCAGCAACAGGAGCAUCAAAUGCAACAACAGCAGUACCACCCAUCGCAACGUACCACCCACUGCGCAGAUCGCACGCGCAAUCACUAUUACGAGCAGCAGCAGAAUGCAGGCGAUCCCAUGAUAACGUCCUCCCUGAAGGGUAAGACCACCUCCUCGACUAACAAAAACUCCCAAAGUAGUAACACUACGGUUCACAGAAAGCAAGGCAAGGACGGCCCGGACGAGAAGAAGGAGGCCGAGGGCGAGCUGUGGGGCAACGUCGAAGCCCAGGCAGCCUUCCUCGGACCGAAUCUCUGGGACAAGACGCUGCCCUACGACGCCGACCUGAAGGUAUUAAAUCAUUACGUCGAUCUCGACGAGUUCCUGUCUGAGAAUGGAAUCCCCGUGGACGGCACGAACGGCGGCCCGGGCGCCCAGAAUCAGCCCGGCAACGGAGGCGGCGGCGGCCUCAUGCAUCCCGGUCAACUACACAAGCUCGGUGGCGGCGGCGGUGGAGGCCAGAACGACGGCUCGGCGAGCAACGGCCAUCAGGGCCCGGCCGGCCUCCAUCUAGAACCCAUCACCAAGCGCGAACGCUCCCCGUCACCCAGCGAGUGCUGCUCGCCCGACACUCUCAAUCCACCCUCGCCCGCGGACUCGAACUCAGGGGACUCGACGCGAGUACAAUAUGGCUUGUCUCUUAUAGCGCUCUCGAUGGCAUCAUCGGGGCGGGACUUCGACCCGAGGACGCGGGCCUUCUCCGACGAGGAACUCAAGCCCCAGCCCAUGAUCAAGAAAUCGCGCAAACAGAACAAACACAGUCAUGGCAAAGCAACUAAUGGAUCUAAUUUGAAAAUACUGGGGUUGCAGUUCGUGCCCGAUGACCUAAAGGAUGACAAAUACUGGGCCCGGCGCAGAAAGAACAACAUGGCCGCGAAGAGGUCCAGGGACGCGCGCCGCAUGAAGGAGAACCAGAUCGCCCUGCGAGCCGGCUUUCUCGAGAAAGAGAACAUGGGCCUGAGGCAAGAACUAGAUCGGCUAAAGAGCGAGAACAGCAUACUACGCGACAAGCUGAGCAAAUACACCGACGUGUAACCCGGGGACGCGGUGGUGUCACGAGCCUCCUCGCACAGGUGCGCACAUCGCUUUUUAUUUUUUCUUCUUCCUCGAGAUGAUAUUGGGUCGCGGACGACUAUGGAGACAACAGCUACUACUACUACUACUACUACUACGGCAACAGCAGCGGUGGCGGCAUGAUACGACCUGGAUCGCGAUCCAAACGAACGAAAUAAUGUUGAAAAAAAAAUAUUGUAAAAAAUCGGCGAAAGGCUCGUUUUUUCAUUAAAAAAGAGAGGCCCGGAAAAAAGAAUGAUGAUUUGUUAUCGUGAAAACUUAUUAAAAAAAAAACGGAUGAGAGAAAUCAGGCAUCGAGACCCCUCCUCUUACGCAUAUAAUACAAUACAACACGAGUGAUUGAGUUUAUAUAAAUAUGAAUUAUAUAUUAAUAAUAAUGGUGUAAAU